CCAUCACGUAUCGGGAAUUCCGUCUGAGUUCGAUACGGAUUUUUACUUGGCACGAUGGUGGCGUGCAUAUAAUGGCGAUAUAAAGAUGAUCGAACGCAAAAUGCAUCAGUUGUUUGAACACCGUCGAGUGAUCGGAUACGAUCGACUGGACACGAAACUGUUCGAUGUGGAACUUGAUUUCGCUAGGAGAACUUUUGAGCUGUUAACUGCGAUUAAUCGAAGACUGUCGAUUAAUUCUCUGAACCUUCAAAAUCGUGAAGGGCAUGAAAUAACUCGAUUAUUGAAUUUCACACGUUGGAUCUUGUCUAUUAUUAAUUCCGAUUUUCAGCGCUUUUCGAUCUCAUCCCUCUCGCAGGAUCAUUUUUCCGGCAAUGUUUGCAUAUUUUUGCAGAAGAUGGCCGGCACAGAUCUCAAAGAGAUUAUGAAGGUUAUUCCGUUGAGCUACGUGAUUCAUUCAUACUUUAUGUUACUGGAAUCAUUCACUCGGGCCGUACUCACAAAAGAGAAACAAACUGGCACGUGUGCUGCUGCGGUUAUUGUGCUGGAUCUUGAGGGUCUCAAUAUCACCGACUUCUUGAAUCCACUCAGCACACCAGCUAGACUGGCUCGAUUGGUCGUUAAAGUUUGGUCAGAGUACUUCAGUGAAACUAUUAUCAAAGUCUAUAUCGUCAAUUCACCAGCACUGUUAAGCGUAAUGUGGCAAGUAACCAAGUUGAUAAUGGAUAAGAAAACUCAAUCAAGAAUCACGUUUCUCGACAAACCGUCCGAUCUCCUUGAGCAUCUCAGCGCAAAGUCCGUACCGGAAUGUUAUGGUGGUGCACGGCGUGACGAUAGUGGUUAUGCGGAUCCACCGGAAUCUGCUUGUAAACGAGCGUUACAAGUGACACCGCAGCACUACUACGACGUGAAUAAAUUGUGGCGAGAGCAUGGCUUUGAACGACUCCCAUCACGAAUCACUACAAUCGCAAUCAAAGGAAACGAAUACGUUGAAGUGAUCAGGUAG